ACCGUUAGAAACGUUUUCUCCACAGCCAGCCACCGCCUUCUCUCUGUGUACCGGAUCGAAACCAUCACCGAGAGAAACCGCCGUGCAGAGGCUGCAGCGAGAGCGACCGAGACGGAAACGACCGUCCUUACCUCGCCUUCGCUCCACCGCCAUGGACUCCCGCCACGCAACUCUCGGCCGACGAACGUUGGAAGAAAUUCGCCAAAAGCGAGCCGCAGAAAAGUUGAGCAAAACUUCGUCGGGACCCGAUCUCAGCAAAAUCUCGAUUCCAAUCGAUAAUGGAGGAAUGCGAAAAUCGGAGAGCGCGAAUCGGCUCUCUGAGAGCGACGUUAGUGUUUUGGUUGCCCAGAUAAAAGACUUAGAGAAGAAAAAUGCGGAAUUGGAGGAGCAAAACAAAAGCUUGGCUUCCUUGCUUGAAACAAAGGAAGCCGGGGGCGAUGUGCUGCAGAAACGUUUGAAUGAUCUGGAGAAAAACACUGUACCGUCUUUGAGAAAAGCUCUCAAGGAUGUUGCAAUGGAGAAAGAUGCGGCAGUUGUUGCACGGGAGGAUCUUUCAGCCCAGCUUCGUACACUCAAGAAACGGUUAAAGGAUGCAGAAGAAGAACAAUAUCGAGCUGAGGAAGAUGCAGCCGCUUUGAGAGCUGAACUGAAUAUGUUACAGCAACAAGCAAUGAGUGGUUCACUUAGUGCAAUGAACUCAACUUCUAAUUCACCAGAUCAAAUACAAAUGUUAGAAAAGGAGCUGGCUAGCUUAAAAUCUGCGUUACAGCAAGAGUCACACUUGAGGCAGCAAGAGAGACAACAAUUAGCAGAGGAGCAAGCCCGGGCAUCCACCCUUACAUCUGUAAAGCAGGAAUUGGAGGAAAAGCUUGCAGCUAUGUCUAGAAAGGCUUCAGAAGUCUCAGAGAAAGUGGCUGGCAAGGAAUUUUCACUCGAAGACAAGGAGAAACUUGAGAAGCAGUUGCAUGACAUGGCGGUAGUGAUUGAGAGAUUGGAAAGUAGUAGACAAAAACUUUUGAUAGAGAUUGAUUCCCAAUCUUCAGAGAUAGAAAGGCUUUUCGAGGAAAAUUCUGAUCUCUCGAAUUCUUAUCAGCAAGCGAUGAGCAUAUCAGGGCACUGGGAGAAUCAGGUGAAAGACUGUCUUAAGCAUAAUGAAGAGCUCCGUGCAACUAUAGAUAAGUUGAGAACCAACCAGUCCAAGGGGUUGCUAGAAUCCCAUGAAGGCGGGCCCAAUGAGACUGGUUCAGCUGCGUAUGCAACCGAAGUUCUCUCCAUCAAGGAUCAACUUGCGAAAGAACAGAGCAGAGCAGAGGCGUUGUCAGCUGAAGUAUUGCAGCUUUCCGCACGACUCCAACAAGCUACCCAAGCAUACAAUGGGCUUGCACGCCUCUAUAAACCAGUGUUACGAAACAUUGAAAACAAUCUCAUCAAGAUGAAACAAGAUGGCCCCAUGACCGUGCGGUGAAUGCAAAGGCAAAUCAGCUCAACCCCCUUCAUGCUAAAAUUGGUUAAAGUAGCACAGUUUUCUUUGUGAAGUUUCUGAGACCCAUUUGCUCGGCAUUCUUCACGUAUCAAAAUGUUCACUAGGUAAAGAAACAAAAGUGUCUAGUCUUGUUUGGAAACAGAGAACCUCGGAAUGCUCGAAUUACGAACAUAAGAAUGGUAAAUUCAUACUUCUACUCAUCAUUUGUACUCGGAUUUGGAGCCUUGCAUCAUAUAAGUUCUCAUAUUGUAGGAUGGAAACGUGACUCAUGUGAGUAAUGCUACACUUAUCACAUUUGUACUGCCUCUCUAAUUUGUGUGAUGUAUUAAGUCCCGGUUUCACGUA